AUGUCUCCUCCGCACCCCUUCACAGAUGACCAUUCAGACGGUGUCCCGCCCGAGUCAAAGACUGAUGCUGGGGGGGUAGUCAUUCGGCCAGAGGUGGCGGUCCCGCAAAAGGCCAGAUGUCCCGUCACCUCGUCCCACAGCUCCAGCAGCUCAGCCAGCCUCAGCGGGCUUCCUCCCGGGACAGACCCAGAACAGCCUGAGAUGGUGUCGGUCCGGCCUUCAGUCCAGGGGAAGGGCGUCAGACAGCCACCUCUACGCAUCAGACUUCCCUGGAGCUCGGGAAAGAGUUGGUCGGGGAACACUUUUACUCCAUGGGAGGACAGCAGCUUUCCUAAAUCUCCAUCUCUUGCUCCUGCUCCUAAGCCACCAAGUCUUUCCCAGCAACCCCCUGAGAACGUGACUGGAGUUAGCCCGCUUCCUGCAGCCACCCUGUCCACCGCCAGCUCCUCACUGAGAGCCCUGGCCACCCCGGUCACGGCCACGGCCACGUCCCAGAAAUCCUCUGUGGAAGUGAUUCGAGUUAGCGUGUUUCCUGCAGGCACUUUGCCCACCAGCAGCUCCUCACAAAGAGCCCCGGCCACCCCGGUCGCGGCCAAGUCCCAGGAAUCCUCUGUGAAACAGGGCACUCGAGUUAGCAGGCUGCCUGCGACCACCGCCUCCACCGCCAGCUCAUCCCAAAGCAGCCCGGCCGCCCAGGUCAUGGCCAACUCUGCAGGCCGCAGCCUCCUCAAGGUGGCGGACCCCGGUUGUGGAGCGCAGGCUUUGGCGAGGGGCUCCGGCCCCGGGCAGGGCUCCAGAGCUGGCGCCACGGCUCCUGCGGGGAUCAAGCCCAGCAGCCUGCCCUCAGGAGCUCGGCCCCCCAGUGCGGUGCCCACUGCAGCGCGGGGUCCUCCGGUCCGCGUUCAGUUUUUUUUAAAGCACGCUUCCGGCCUCAGGCCAGUUACUCUACUGGAGCUUCCACAAGAUUCGCUCCUUUUGAACACCCCGCAGCAGCCAGAGCAGCGGCUCUAUCAGUUGAUUCCCCAAGAACAACUUCAGCAAGCCUCCACUUCUGGCCCUCAGGAGCCGGUGCCAGGGGGUUCAG